AUGGCACUCUACUGUGACAGCGCUCUCUCCGCCGUCCUGCUGCUAUCCUUGCUGGUUCUCUCGCUCUCCGACGACGCGCCACCGUCCACGCCGGUGUCGCCGUCGACCGCGUGCAACGCCACGACGGACCCUACCUUCUGCCGGACCGUGCUGCCGCCGCACGGCACGAGCGACCUCUACACCUACGGCCGCUUCUCUGUCGCCAAGUCGCUGGCCAGCGCCAACAAGUUCGUCGGCCUCGUCGACCGCUACCUCUCCCGCCACCGCCACCUCUCCCGCAGCGCGGUGGGCGCGCUGCAGGACUGCAAGCUGCUAGCCGGGUUCAACGUCGACUUCCUCUCCGCCACGGGCGCGGCGCUCAAGAGCACGGAGACGCUGCUGGACCCGCAGGCCGACGACGUGCACACGCUGCUCUCGGCCAUCCUGACCAACCAGGAGACCUGCCUGGACGGCCUCCUCCAGGCCGCGUCGGGAGCGUGGUCCGACCGCGGCGGCGGCCUCGCGUCUCCGAUCGCCAACGGCACCAAGCUGUACAGCCUCUCGCUGUCGCUAUUUACCAGGGCGUGGGUGCCCACGGCGAAGGCGCCCAGAAAGACGCCGCACCAUGGCCACAAGAAGCCGCCAGCGCACGUGAGGAGAGGGCUGUUCGACGCGAGUGAUGAGGAGAUGGUCCGGCGGAUGGCGAUCGAGGGGCCCCAAGGGACGGUGACGGUGAACAGAGCAGUGACCGUGGACCAGCAGGGCGGCGCCGGUAACUACACCUCUGUCGGCGACGCCCUGGCCGCCGCGCCCACCAACCUCAACGGCAGCACCGGGUACUACGUGAUAUACGUGCUGGGGGGCGUGUACGAGGAGAACGUGGUGGUGUCCAAGAAAAUGAAGUACGUGAUGAUGAUCGGCGAUGGGAUCGGGCAGACGGUGAUCACCGGCAAUCGGAGCGUUGUCGACGGCUGGACGACCUUCCACUCAGCCACCGUUGCUGUACAAGGGCAAGGGUUCGUGGCGAUGAACAUGACGUUCCGGAACACGGCCGGCCCGGCGAAGCACCAGGCGGUGGCGCUCCGGUCGAGCGCGGACCUGUCGACGUUCUACAGCUGCAGCUUCGAGGCGUACCAGGACACGCUCUACACGCACUCCCUCCGCCAGUUCUACCGGGGCUGCGAGGUGCACGGCACUGUAGACUACGUGUUCGGCAACGCCGCCGUAGUGUUCCAGGACUGCACCUUCUACUCCCGGCUCCCCAUGCAGGGCCAGAGCAACACCAUCACGGCGCAGGGCCGCACCAACCCGGACCAGAACACGGGGACCUCAAUCCAGGGCUGCACGCUCCUCCCGUCCCCCGAGCUCGCCGCCAACGCCGUCUACGACACACGCACCUACCUCGGCCGGCCGUGGAAGAACUACUCGCGCACCGUGAUCAUGGAGUCGUACCUUGGGGGGCUGGUCGACGGCACCGGGUGGAUGCCGUGGUCCGGGGACUUUGCGCUCGACACGCUCUACUAUGCCGAGUUUAACAACUCCGGGCCCGGCGCAGACACCGGCCGUCGGGUAAGCUGGCCGGGAUACCACGUCCUUGGUGACGUUGCUGACGCCGGCAACUUCACAGUCAACAACAUGGUGCUCGGGGACAACUGGCUGCCACAGACCGGCGUGCCGUUCACAAGUGGACUCAAGUACUGAUCGAUCAAACUUAUUACUUACUAUCACACCUAUAGACAUAUUGAAUACGCAGUAUAUAGAUAUUGGUAUAGUCACUACCGGAGAUUAAUUAUGGUUAUUAGUGGAGUUGUCACAUACUCACAUGCAGACAAAGCAGAGAGAGAUGUAGCAGAAUAAGAGUGAGGUGAGUAGUGUUGUGUUUGUGUGGAUCAGACGGCUACUUUUGCUAGAUCUGGCUAUCAGUUUGUAAGAGAUGGGAAACGGUUUGUACCGCAUGGAAAGCUAAUUGUGGUUCAGU